CCAGCUAGGAUUCUCAAUUCAAUUCUUCAUGAUUUUCGUGAUGAUGAAAUCGAGCAAGUGGAGCAUUUCAAAUAUAAACAGGACUUGGAUAGAAAAUUGACCGUUACUUCAGUAAUUGGUUUGGGUUUUACUCUUAUGGGUGUCCCAUUCGGACUAUCAUCAACUUUAUGGAUAUCCUUGGUUGAUGGUGCUAAUGUUACCAUUUUGUAUGGUUGGAUCUUGGUUGCAUUUUUCUCUCUUUGCGUUGUCUUAAGUUUAAGUGAGAUCAUUUCUAAAUACCCAACUGCAGGUGGAGUGUAUCAUUUUAGUGCUAUACUAAGUAACGAAAAAUAUUCAUCGGUAAGCUCUUGGUUCACUGGCUGGUUUCUUUUAAUCGGGAAUUGGACCUAUGCCGUUAGUAUCAUGUUUGCCGGUUCUCAAUUCAUUUUAUCAAUUUUUGGUUUGAAAAAUGUUUAUUAUAAAGAAGAUAUCUUUCUUGUGCUAGGAGUAUACUUUAUUAUACUUACAUUCUGCGGGUUUGUCAAUUUCAGAUUCUCCAAGUAUUUGGAAAAAAUCAAUAAAAUGUGUAUCGUUUGGUCAAUAUAUACCGUUUUAGCCAUUGAUUUCUUAUUGAUUUUUUUUGCUAAGAGAACCAAUUCAGUUAAAGAUAUCUUGACAAAUUUUGACAAUACUCGUUCUGGCUGGCCUGAUCCAAUUGCGUUUAUGGUUGGUCUUCAAAGUUCCUCCUUCACCAUUUCGGGUUAUGGAAUGAUAUUUUCCAUCACGGAUGAAGUAAAGAAUCCGGAAAGAAAUAUGCCAAAAGGUGCAAUAAGCGCAGUGGUCAUGGCUGGUAUUUCUGGAUUAAUCUUUAUAAUCCCAAUUCUUACCAUUUUGCCCGAAUUAACUUUGUUAUUGGAUAAGACUCCCGAGAUUAUGCCAAUUGACUUGGUUUUCAAAUUAUCUACCGAAUCAUACAUUGUAUCUUUUCUUUUAACGUUACUUUUGGUGGGGACCAUUCUCUUCCAAGCUAUUGGUGCUUUGACUGCAGCAUCUAGAACAACUUAUGCUUUUUCUCGUGAUGGGGGAUUACCAUUCAAGUCAUAUUGGACCGAAGUUGAUUCAAUCGAGGAAUACACAUUACCCAAAAAUGCUCUUUUUCUUUCAAUGAGUGUCUGCGGAGUGUUAUCAUUGCUAUCACUUGUAUCUGCUUCUGCUUUCAACGCCUUUUUAGGGUCUUCAGUAAUUUCAUUGAGUUUAGCUAAUGGUAUCCCAAUUUUAUGUCUUAUGUUGAAUAAGCGUAAUAAGAUUAAAGGUGCUGCUUUCAGAUUAAGAAUUUUUGGCUGGAUUGUUAAUUCUUUAUCUGUUUUAUGGGUUAUUCUACUGAUUGUGGUUUUAUGCUUACCUCCGGUGAUCAAAAAUUUAAAUUUGUUCACAAUGAACUGGGCCUCAGCUGUUUUCAUUGGGUUCAUUGGAUUUGCUGCAGUCGGUUAUAAAACAUGGGGAUUGAAUAGCUUUCAAGGGCCUCAAAUCGAUACCGAUUAUUUUGAACUACAUAACCUUGAAUCUCAAGGAAGAGAAACUUUAAUGUCAAAUAUUGAUGAUUUCGUCAUUGGCAGCGAAGACGAAGAUGCAGAUGAGGAU